GACUCACGUCACACACAAAUCCAGAAUCCUCAACGUCACUUGAUCUGCAGCAGAUAGAGUCGAUUAUCGAAGAAUCCUCAAGAACGGCGAUCCUCAAUCGAGCUGACCACGGAUUUUGCCUUUGGAUGAUCGAUUGAACUCCGACGCUCUCGUCAGCUCAUUCCCAGAGGCACAGCGCAUCCCGUGCGGACUCGCCUUAAUACCAUGGAUUACGUCGAGAACAGAAUGGCACAAGAAGCCGCCAAACCAACGCCCUCCCCAGAAGUCCAAACGAUCGCAACUCCGAUAAACUUCAUCCUCCUCUCACUCUUCCUCCUCGUCCUCUAUUACCAAAUCCGACCCAAACCCAAAGUCGUGCUCCCCGCCGCACCCCCACCAGUAGUCUUCAAGACCUUCACACCCCCCACCCUGCUCCCCUUCAACGGCCAAAACAACAUGCCCGUCUACCUCGCCGUCCGCGGCCGCGUAUUUGACGUCACAUCUGGCCGCAACUUCUACGGUCCUGGUGGGCCUUAUGCGAAUUUUGCGGGAAGGGAUGCGAGCAGGGGAUUGGCAUGUGGCAGUUUUGAUGAGGAGAUGUUGACGGAGGAUUUGCAGGCCCCGCUUGAUAAGUUGGAGGGACUGGGGCCAGAUGAGAUGGAGGCUUUGAAGGGGUGGGAGGAGAGGUUUGAGGAGAAGUAUUUAGUCGUUGGGAAGUUGGUUGCUGUAGGCGAUGAGGGGAAGGAGGAGAUUAAGGCGUAAGCUGGAGCAGAUGGGAUAUGAGUAACGAUACGACUGGAUAGGGAUGGAGUUCGAGAGGCACUUGAUCUGGGAGGAAGCAUCGGAAUGGCCACCGGUACGUCGAAUAAAAGCAUCAAACAAAGUCCUCGGUCAGUGGUGUUCUUGUUUCAAUAUGCCAAUGUCCCUGGUAUAUUGACUUGUCUUGGCCACUCAUUUGAAGUUUCAAAUUUGGAGAUCUCUAAAUGGCAUUUGUUCCAGCACUUGUGAAGCGAUGAGCACUACCCAUCUGAAUGUUCAAUCAACUGAAAGCU